ACCCUGUACCUUACAGUAUAGUGAUAAAAAUGUCAGAUCUAUUUAAACCUCCCAACAAUGGAUGACCCCGAUUUUGAACCAACACAUACACAAGCACAAGUUACUACCUGGCAUUAAAUUCAUUCACGUGAUCUUGCACAGGUAGCAAACGACCAAGAAGAAUAAACACCUGACGCCCGCCAUGUUUGAUCAAGAAGACCUGAAGUUUACCAAUGGGGUAACAUUAGGUUUAUAGUUCCCUUAUAGUUACAAGGGUUCCCUAACCAUGGACCCCUGGAACAGCGCCCAGGAUGUUGUACGCUGCACCCUGUGUAAGACUCCCAAUGACCCCAUGUACUGUGACGUUUGUCAUAUACAUCUGUGUAAAGACUGUGUAGAGACACAUUUAUCUGAUUCCUCUAAAGUCCAUAAUGUGGUGCCACUUAUACAAUACUUAACCACUCUGAACUAUCCCAAAUGUAAGAAACACCCCACCAACCAAUGUGAACUCCACUGUGAACAAUGUGACUUUCCUAUUUGUGCAAAGUGUAUUUCCUCUGGAAAACAUUCAGGACAUAAAAAAAUUGACAUUUUCCAAAGUUUUGAAAUAAAAACAGGAAUUUUAGAAAAAGAUUUGCAAGAAUUAGAAAAAUUAAUUUAUCCUAAAUACAAAGAGAUUGCAUCCAACAUCCCAGUGCAGAAAGCUGAUCUGAGUAAAAACUCCCAGAAAUUGACAACAGCAAUUGACAAACAAAGAGAAGUCUGGCGCAGAGAAAUAGACACCAUUAUCACAAACCUGAAAUAUAAGGUGGAGGAAAUGGAAUCCAAACACCUGGUUGUCCUGAAUAAACAGGAAGAUGAAAUCACACACACAAUUUCUGAAAUCACACAGACCAUUGCUGAACUUAAGAAGUUACUGAACUCCAAAGAUGUCAGCCUUGUCUCUGAGUACAAAUCCAGGAAUGCUGAAUUCAGAAGAUUGCCUCCUAAACUCAAAGUGUCCUUACCAAACUUUAGACCUCAGGAAAUCCACACAGAUCAGCUGAUUAAACAGUUUGGUUCUCUGUCAGCAUUAUCUUUUACAACAGAGGAACAAGACUACAGCAUGCCGCCCCAGGGAGCAGAGUCCUCUCCCCCCGACCGGUCACUGAUGGAUGUACCCCGCGUCAUCACAACUAUAGACACAGAGUAUGAGGGUGGAAUAUGUGGUGUGACGUGUCUGAAUGACACAGAAGUAUGGACGCGUGGUGAGGACAACAUGAUGAAACUCUACAACCUCCAAAGGAAACUAGUGGAGUCCAUCCAAACCAAGUCAGGGAACACUCCACAGGACAUAGCAGUCACAAGGAGUGGGGAUCUAGUUUAUACUGAUUACAAUGAUAGCACUGUGAACAUAGUGAAGAAUACACAGAUACAGACAGUGAUCAGACUACAGGGGUGGAAACCUCGCAAUGUCUGUAGUACCUCCUCUGGUGACCUCCUGGUUGUCAUGGACAGUGAUGAUGAUAAACAAACAAAAGUUGUGUGUUACUCUGGCUCCACAGAGAAACAAAGUAUUCAGUACAAUGACAAAGGACAACCUCUCUAUUCAUCUGGUGGAUUAAUUAACACUAAAUACAUCAGUGAGAACAGGAACCUAGAUAUCUGUGUGUCAGACAAUGGAGCCCGUGCAGUAGUGGUGGUCAAUCAGGCCGGGAAACUCCGGUUUACCUACCAUCCUCCCUCUACUACCGAGGAAUCAUUCUAUCCACUCGGCAUCACAACAGACAGCCAGGGUCGGAUCCUGACAGCAGACUUUAACAACGACCGUAUCCACAUCCUGGAUCAGGACGGACAGUUCCUCCGCUACAUUGACAACUGUCAUUUACAGUAUCCAUGGGGUUUAUGUGUGGACGCCAGAGACAACCUCUUUGUGGCUGAGUGUGGCACAGGUAAAGUGAAGAAAAUCCAAUAUUACAUGUAAAUCAACUAACUGUAUAAAUUAUAUGUAAACAAAGCGUAUAAGUAUAUAUUACAUACUGUGUGUAGAUAUAAUGUAAACAAACUAUACACAUUACAUGUCAUUGUAUGGUGUGUAUCAGAUGUAAACACGCUGUGUGUGGAUAAUUUAAUGUAUCACACAUACACUGACCGUGUCUACAAGAUGUAAACAUUCUGUCUAACUGUAUCUGUGUUAGGUUGUCAUGAGUUAAUCAUUCCAUUUCUUCAAUCUUUAUUUGUUUAUAUAUCAUAUGUUUGUAUGUAUUAAACAAAUUGUUCUUUUAUAUUGAUAUUACAUCUCAAGGAAACAGACCAUGUUUAUAUAUUGUAUGUAAACAAACUGUGUUUAUGUAUCACAUAUAUAUAUAUAUAUAUAUAUCAAGUGAUUCUAUGUACAUGUAUAUUACAUAUAGACAAACUCCUUUUUCUAUUUAUAGAUGUAUAUACAGUGACUGUUUUACUGUGUCUAUAAUCUGUGUUUGUUACAUUAGAAUGAAUGGACUGUAUUUGUUACAUGUGGUUAUCAGCAAACUCAGUGUGACAUGUUUUAAUUACACAUAAUGGGUUAACAGACAGGUAGCACUCAAUUCUGGUACGCAUGCGUGAGGAAGGGUGGCAGCUUUGAAUUUUAAGAGAGAGAAUUUUUCUACGUUUUUCUCAAUUUAUACCAAUAAUUCUGUUCGGAAUUUGUUAUGUGUUCGUGGAUAAGUGUAAGAAUGUGUUUUCUUGGUGUAAUAGUGUAAAAUGGCACACACACGCAAUAGGAAAAGGAAAAACAAGUCAUCGAAUGUUAGCGGGGAAAGGACACAAAAGGUUCAUGUGAGUAAUUCUCAACUAUCAACGGUUCCAAGUUUACACGGUAUGGAAACACAAACAACAAACAGCAAUAGUAGCAAUAGCAUCUGUCAUAAUAGUUCUAGUUUCCAAAAUGCACAGCAUUCCACACCGGUGACCCCCGUAAACAAUUGCCAAGGAAACCUGUUCACCCCCUAGGGGCCCCAGGGACCACAAAGUCAAUUCGCUGGCUAUAUUUCCCCUAUACCAAACCAACAACAUAGUCAACCACAACAACAUCCCCAACCGCAACACACCGAUAUCAUGGAAGCUCUGAGAGUCAUGUCAAGGAACAUAGAGCAAGUUUCAACAAAGCUAAAUAAACUGGACCUUAUUGAACACAGACUCAGUGAACUGGAAAGGAAUGUCGGAAACGUAAACACAGAAUUGAAAGACAUGAAGGCCAAGGUCAACGGAGUCGAAGAAAGUGUGGUAUUUAUUAUUAAGCAGUAUGAAGAUCAAACAAAAGAAGUAUUGGCUGUUAAAAAAUUUGUCUGUGAAAUAACAAAUGUUAACGAAAACAUCCUCAAAGAGUUGAGCCUUGUGAAAUCGGAGUUCGAGAAUUUAAACGAACGCCACUAAUAAUAUAAUUAGACCUUCAAACACGUUCGAUGAGAGAUAAUCUUAUCUUUGAGGGAAUCGUCGAAACGCAAGAGGAAAACACAGAGGAGGUCUUAAGAGAAUUCUUAAAAUCAGAAAUGGGCAUAACGGUAGAGCCACAAUUCCAACGAGUGCAUAGACUGGGGAAAAGAGUGCAGGGACGUCACCGGCCAAUUAUAGCGAAAUUCGUCCUAUUCAAAGAGAGAGAAAAUGUCAGAAAAGCUGCUCCAUCCAAACUUGUUGGAAAACCAUUUGGAAUUAAUGAACAGUUCCCAAAGGAAAUCAACGACCGCAGAAAACUGUUAUACCCUCAUUAUAAACAAGCAAAACGUCUCGGAAAAAAGGCGGUGCUGAUUGCAGAUAAACUUUUCGUGAAUGGGACAGAAAUCCCCCUUUCCUCGAUCCACAACCCAGCGUCAACACAGCGCACUGACCCAGAUACCGCAUACGGACCACGCCAAUCCGCAACGCGCAGCGCAAAUCGACAUGAAACCCGUUUUGCGACCACGCGCCGUUAGGGAUACCAAAGAGAGCAACCGAGCGGGAAUGUAAACAACGAAAACGAAACCACCGAAUGUAACUCUCUCACAUCUUCAGACACUUCUUAUGCGAGGAUUGUUUCUAUCAAUGUUUGCGGUCUAGCUUCUAAGCUCCGAAAUCCCGAGUUUGUUGAUGUUAUUAGCAAAUAUGAUAUAAUCUGCCUCACAGAGACAAAAACAGAUAAAGCUGACAAUAUUGAAAUCCCAAAUUUCAGUGUAUUCAGCAAACAUAGAUCAAAUCUGUCAUUUCGGAAGUCUGGUGGUAUUGUAGUCUAUAUUAGAGAUUCUUUAUCCAAAUUCUGUAGCAUUAUUAAUAACGCAAGUGACAAUAUAUUAUGGAUUAGAAUAGAAGGUAAAACAUUUAGUAUUAAGAAACAUAUUUUGAUGGGAACUGUUUAUAUAACGCCAUCAAACUCCAGAUUUUCAUCAGUUGAAAUUUUUGACGAUAUUGAGAAUGAGAUUUUUAACUUGUCCAAAGAAAAUGAUUGUAUAUGUUUAUUAGGUGACUUUAAUAGUAGAGUAUCCACAUUGAGAGAUUUUA